AUGGAGACAACGGACACGUCAAAAAUGACCGACGUUUUGUUCGAAAUGAAGACUGAGCCGAUUCCGCAAGACCCGCAGCUGUCAUUCAAAAGCAAUGAUGAAGAGAUUUUACGAGACGUAUGCUUAAACAAUGGGAUCAACUUCAAGAAAAUUGCUAUUGAAGGCCCUCAAACAAAAGUUUUGGAGAUGUUCUUUUCAGGCUAUCCUCGUCUUACUGGCAUGCACUUCUUCCCAAAUCUGACCACUCUUACAGUCAUUGGACAGAGUGUCUGUUGUUUAGAGGGCUUGUCCGCAGCAUAUAACCUGGAGGAGCUGUGGGUGGCAGAGUGCCAUUUGUCUAAAAUUGAAGGUCUUGAUAAAUGCAAGGCACUGACAAAGUUGUAUCUCUAUGGAAACAAGAUUUCAGUGAUAGAAAACAUUUCACAUCUUACAAAUAUAAAAGUUUUAUGGCUGAACAACAAUCUGAUUAAAAAUAUUGAGAAUCUGCACACACUAAACAAACUCAGGGAGUUAAAUUUAGCAGAGAAUCUCAUAGAGAAAAUUGGAAAUUCACUGAUGCAGAAUUCACAGCUAGAGGAUCUCAAUCUUUCAGGAAAUCCAUUAUGGUCUUUGAGG